GCCGGGACCAGAGGAGGGAAGGAAGGAAGGAAGAAAGGAAGGAAGGAAGGAAGGAAGGAGGAGAGGAAGGAAGGAAGGAAGAGGAGAGACAAGAGGCGAGAGGCGAAGAGUGGAGAAGAGGGAGGACGGAAGGCAGGAGCCGAGCAGGACGCGCAGGCAGGCGGCGAGGAAGGCGCUCCUGCGGCAGCACCCGAAGGCCGGAGUGGGGACCCGCGUACCUCCCGCCGCUCCUCGGAUGGUGACGGGGCCUCGCCGCGGCUGCAGCCCCCCCCGCGCCCCGGCUCCGCAGGCCCGCAGCGCCGGAGCCCCGCAGGAAUCAUGCCCAGGUCCUUCCUGGUCAAGAAGGUCAAACUUGACACGUUCUCCUCGGCAGACCUCGAGAGCUCCUACGGGCGCGCCCGCAGCGACCUCGGCGUGCGACUGCACGAGAAAGGAUACCUCAACGACUACGCGGGUCCUGCCUCCGUCUACGAUGGCGACACCGAGGCGGCCUUGCUUAAAGGGCCGUCCCCGGAGCCCAUGUACGCUGCGGCGGUACGGGGGGAGCUGGGCCCGGCGGCCGUGGGCUCGGCGCCACCGCCCACCCCGCGCCCGGAGCUGGCCACAGCGGCUGGCGGCUACAUCAACGGCGACGCCGCCGUCAGCGAGGGCUACGCGGCUGACGCCUUCUUCAUCACCGAUGGGCGCUCGCGCCGCAAGGCUGCCAACGCCAACGCCGCCGCCCCCUCUACGGCCUCAGCCCCCGACGGCGACGGUGGAGGCGGGGCUGUGGCAGGUGCGCGCGCUGUAGGGUCUGGCGGCCGGGCUAGCACGCGCGCAGGCACUGAGGCCCGCGCGGGGGCCGGGGCUGGCGGUGCAGGGGGCCGGCACGCCUGCGGUGAGUGCGGGAAAACGUACGCCACGUCGUCGAACCUGAGCCGCCACAAGCAGACGCACCGCAGCCUGGACAGUCAGCUGGCGCGGCGCUGCCCGACGUGCGGCAAGGUGUACGUGUCCAUGCCGGCCAUGGCCAUGCACCUGCUCACGCACGACCUGCGCCACAAGUGCGGCGUGUGCGGCAAGGCCUUCUCCAGGCCCUGGCUGCUGCAGGGCCACAUGCGCUCCCACACCGGCGAGAAGCCCUUCGGCUGCGCGCACUGCGGCAAGGCCUUCGCCGACCGCUCCAACCUGCGCGCGCACAUGCAGACGCACUCGGCCUUCAAGCACUUCCAGUGCAAGCGCUGCAAGAAGAGCUUCGCGCUCAAGUCCUAUCUCAACAAGCACUACGAGUCGGCCUGCUUCAAGGGCGGCGCUGGCGGCAGCGGCCCUGCCGCCCCGGCCGCGCCGCAGCUCAGCCCGGUGCAGGCUUAGGGCGGCGGCGCCUCGGUCAGCUGGGUCGGCUCUCAGCAAUGUGGGCCCCCGGGGAAGUUUCCGCCGGCGCUCGGGUGGAGGGGCAGGAGGGUGGGCCCCUCCUCACAGCAAUAGGGGGAGGGGGCCCCGCCCCGCCCGACAGGGGCCUCGCCGGCCCCUUCAAGCAAUAGGGUCCCGAGGGGAGACCCACCCCGAGCUCCCUCCCUUCCCCUUCAGGGUGCCCCAGGCUUUUUCCCAGCAAUAGGGUCGAGGAGACCCGGAACCGAACCUCAUCUCCGAGUUAGGUUUCUGAAAACGGGGGCGGGGUGAGGCAGGGAGAGCCCCUCCUCCCUCAUCUGCGCCCCCGGAUCUUGUCGCAGAGACUCAGGUCUUCCCCGCCCCUUCCCGAGCCUUCCAGGGUCGGGCCUGCGGCCUAGACGUCCAGGGAGCCGGUCCCGCCCCAGCAGCAGGCCCGGAAGGAGCAGGAGCGCGGCCUGCCGAGGCCUCCCUGCGCCUCAGUCUUCGCUGACCCCCGGAGUGUUAGACGCACCGAGGACCGGGAGGGAGGAGGACAGCGGCACCCUUUUCCCUCGGGUUCCUUCUGGGGCCUCAGUCCGAGCCGCUCUCUCACCCUCGCCUCGCGUCCUCUGCCAAAUCGAAUUCUUCCAGCCCUGCUUCCCGGGCUCUGUCCUCCAUAACGAAUAUAAUGACGCAUAUCGAAUCGCAUGGACUUAUCCGACCU